AUGCUACUUCACAAUCUCUUCAGCAAUUUAAGCAUUAUUCAUCACAAUAAAGAGGAGAGCGACUAUGCUCAUGUUCCCAAUUACACACCCACUAUACUGACAAAGAUUGAAGGCGAUCAUCAACAUCACCACCAUCAUCAUGUGUAUCAUUUGCAUCGCAGUGAAUCGCAUGCUCUUUCGGUUUGCUCGUCUUGCUGUCCACAGAAUGAAGACAAUAGCAUUUUUGUCGCUGAGCCAGGUACAGAGAGAAGAGGCGUAUUUAGAACAAACGAGCCAAUCUGGGUCUGUACUGUUAAUGCUGCUCCUCAGCACAAAUCAGAUGCCAAUGGUAAUGGUCUCAUCAUUCUCGAUGACCAAAGCCAAAAAACACUAGAAACUGUUUACAAGAAAAAGAAAUUGACAUGUCAACUAGCUGAGGACUCUACCACUGGUUUGUGUAAUGUGAAUUUAGUCUACGGUGAUGCAGAUGCCAGCACCACCACCAUUGACUCCACUGCCGACUCAACCGCAUCAAAAGACCCAUCCUUGAAGUCCAUCCGACAGCUAAAUUAUGACAUUGACAUUAAACGAAUGACAACUCCUGUUUGGUGGUUUGAGAAGAAAGGCCUCGGUCCUAGAAAGGAAUUCGGCCGGUUUGACUGGAGAAAUCAAAUACGUUUAGAGGCCUAUGACGACGAUAACGCUACGCUAGCAUUGACAGACGGCUCGUUUGCAGAACCAUUCACUGUUGCCUUGAGUCAAGCCAAGCAUAAAGAUGAACAGGAAUGGCAGGGAUUCAUGUAUUUGAAUACGGUACCUCGGCAGAGUAAUGGCAAUGAUGAAUACGACGAAUCCGAUGAUGAAUAUUACGAUCUCAACAUCCAAGGAAGAGACAACUUUCCCAAUUUCAACACUUUCAAAGACAAACAAGAUCAAGAAGAGCUUAGACAAGAAGAGACCUAUCGUAAAGCACAUAUCAAUAAACAGGUUUAG